AUGAAGAACCACCGUUAUGCGUCUUCGUCGCCGCAAACGAAAGACGACAACAAUAAAGUCGAGAAAAAGAAGAAUGCGUUCAUGCAACAUCUGUUACACCACGACGCGGAGACGAGCGAAAAUAUCACGACGAAAACGAGGACGAGAGAGAGAGGAUGGAUUGACGACAAGACGAGGAAAGAACACCAACACCAACACCAACUGUCGCAAAGCGCUCCAUCGAACGCGGAAAAGAAACAUCCGUUCCCACCUGGAACAUCUGCGCAAGUUCCAAAACCGCGUCAUAAUGCUGCGUUUAGGAGCGGAGAGGAAGUUUUUCGAGAGAAGAAACCAAGAAACCCGGAAGGUUUGCGGCGAGAACGAGCGGAACGCCGACGAGAACAACAGCGAGACCAAUCGUCGUCUGUAACGACGACGGCGUCGCAAUCGUCAUCAUGGAAGACGACACCGACGAAAGUGAAAACAGAAACUAUUAGAACCACUACCUUUACCACCACAUCGGAAGAAGGCGAUACGACGAACGUAGAUUUAGGCGCCGAGUGGCAAGAUAUUUUAAACCAGCACGCGCCUUUGCGAGAAUACGUGCGUAAAAGGGCGCUCGAGGAGAAGAAAGAGUCGAUUUUUUCCACGCGCGGCGAGAACGACGAGAAGGAGGGCAAAACGAACAACGAAGCGUUCAUAUUCGCGAAGGAGGAGUUGAGACUGUUGAGAAAGCGGUUUAUCGAAGGCGACGCAGAUGAUAUCACGGAAUCGAUUGUAGUGGCGUUGCAGUUUGACAUCGACGCGGGAGGUUUACUGGAUCAAUUCGAACGAGAAAAAUUGAAGCGUAUUCGCGCGAUGGAGAACGGUACGAGAAAGGCGAGCGGUUUAACUGCGCGAAUAGGAAUAGCGAGAGUCGAGUAUCUUUCUUUUCCAAGAGAUGAUUUCGACGAGAACUAUCUCUUUGAUAUUGCCUCGAGGCGCAUUAAAGACUCGUUUUACGCGCACGGCGGCGGAACGGCGGUAUUGAAAGAUUUGGAACAUUCCGGAAAAAACGGCGCGCGCAUUGAAACGCCGCGUCCGCCGUUUGGGAAUUUUCCCAUCAUAAACGAGAACGAUGAUAUCGAUGAUGCUGACGACAGUGACAGCGAUAGAAGUAGUAACAGCGCGAGGAGCGACGCCGACGAAGAAGAAAAUACCAACGAGGAGAAAAAGCAGCGCGUCAAUAUCCAAGGCGCGUUUGCUGCGCUCGGUCUUCAAUCCAUCAUCUCCUUCGUCUCCCCAAAGGCGGCUUCCAAAGAAAUUAGGAAAGAAGCGACGACGCAAACAGCAGAACCACAGCGGAAUACAAAAAAUGAAUCAUCAUCGUUCAAGAAGCGCUCGAGAAGUGUCUACGUAACGAACACUGGAUCAGAAGAUAUUACUCUGGUCGCCUUGCGAAUCGUAGACGCAAAGAACAUCAACGACGACGAACCCGAAAACAUCACGACCAUUAAUAGUAACAGCAGCGGCGAUAAAAACAAAGAUCCGAAAAGCUCUUCUUUUUCAUCCUCCGUGUUCUCGUUGCGCGACGAUUACAACGUUUCAUCUUCGAAAUACCACCAUCGGACGACACGAAGAGAGAAGAAUAAUAAUACAAGUAGAAAAAGACCAAUCGUGCGCAUACCGGCGGGCGGCGUGUACCAAGCCACGGUUGAUUGUACGAUUGAUUCGGAGACGAAACGCGCGCACGUAACGUCGUGGAUUAUCGCCAUCUUUGGUACCAAAAAAAACGAGCUGCGCGCGUGCGCUACGCAGUGUUCUGUGUUAAUCACAAGCUCUAACGUUUUCAACGAACCAACGCACGUUUCUUUAUUGAGCGAAGAAGCGACGCCGUUCAUCCCAGAAUCGAUGCGACGCGCAUUCGAUCGUAAAGCUCAAGAAUAUUAUCCACCACCGAGGAGCUACUUGGACGUCAUCUGGGGUGGCGUUGGCCGAUAUUUUCUCUCCAUUGAGAAUAGAAAUAUCUUACCGGCGCCCGCGGAUUACUACGACUCGAAAUUACCUACGUGGCUUUUCACGUACCAAUUUAAUCGAACGAUGAUUUUGGAUCCGAGUUUUAAGUUCUUUUUCGAGUCAAAGAACCACGCGCCGUGGACGAAAUCGUUAGAGUGGGCGAGCGUCUUUCGCGACUUUUCUUCGUAUUCGUCGUCCUCGUCGUCAGAGAAGGAGUCCUUCGAGAAAAUUCGGCUCAAGUCCGCGCGUUUACUCUACAUCGAAGAAGCGCAACAAAACAAGGACGUGAAAAGAUACGAUAUGUUCAAUCGGACAAUACGUCGAGUAGGAGCGAUAAGCGAGCAGAAUGAAUUGCUCGUAUACUCGUUGGAAGUGCCUGGUUUACAGAACGGUUACCCUCCCAUAGUCGUCGGAGACGUCGUUCGGUGUCGAGUCAAUGCGAAGGCGCAUCAGAAAGAACUCAGUCCGUUCCUUGAAUACGCAUUCCGCAUCAUCGCCAUCGUCUCAAAAACGCAAACCGUGCACUUGCAAGCACCAUGGACCGACGGAACGUUAAACACGUCGCCUCAAUUAAGUGCGAAAAAUGGGAUGCCUAGGACGUUGAAAGUACACGUGCGGUUUGCCAUGGACGAGAACUUCUUCUCGAGAUGUCGUGCGGCGUUGCGAGCGUGUGCAUAUUUGAAAGUGAAGUAUCCGCAGAUUGGACAACAACAACAACAACGACAACAACAACAACAACAACAACAACAACAACGAUACAACGGGAACGAAAUCGAACGUCUCCAGCGCGGCAUCAACGAGGAACAGUAUGAAUUUGUGAUGCGUUGUCGACGAAAGAGAGAACAACUCUCGUUGGAGGGAAUCAACAGCAACAACAAUGCAAACAAUGCAAACAAUAAUAUAAAAGAACGAACAGUAGCGCCGCUCGUGUGUUUCGGCCCUCCCGGUACUGGUAAGACGUUGACGAUCGCGCACGCUGUCCUCGACGCGUUAUCGAUAAAUCCAGAUGCGCGGAUAUUAGUCUGUGCACCUGCACCGUUUGCAGCCGAUGUCAUUUUAGACCGCAUCGUCCGCGAACAUCCGAAAUACUUUCGCAACACCACCGCGAGCACGAACGUGUACUGUCGCAUCGACGACCCGAGACGUGCAAUGAGCGAAAAGAUGGGUUCGAUUACUCCAUUUUCGGUUGACGUGAGGGACUGGUUCGCAUCAAAAACAGUGAAGUACGGUGAGUUGGAACACUCUGCUCGAGUGCUCGUCUGUUCGUGCGUCUCCGCGGGCAUUUUAUACGAAGCCUUGAAAACGAUGUAUAAAGCGAGAGCGAAUAUAAAUUAUGAAAUUGACGGUCCGCUCUAUCAAGAAGUUAAUUUCGCAUUUCGAUCCUUCUUUGAAGUUUCCGAGUCGUACGAGCGCGAAGGUCGGAGAAGGAGACCGGGACUGACGCAUUUGUUCAUCGACGAAGCCGCGCAGGCAACGAUUCCAGAAGUAUUGAUUCCGAUGUCAUUGGUGAAUGAACAGACGUUGGUGGUCAUGAGCGGCGAUUCAAAACAACUCGGACCUUUAGUGCAUUCGAAAGUGGCCAUUCGAGGUGGACUCGAAAAAUCCUUGUUGGAAACUUGCGUGGAUAUGAUGAAAAGAACCCCGGCGAACGACGACACCAACGAAAACGAGAAUUUGAUCACGCUGACGAAAAAUUAUCGAUCGCAUCCAGACAUUUUGGCAAUCGCGAGCGAAUCCUUCUACGAUGGGAAACUCGAAACAUUCGCGUCGAAAAAAGACGUUCGCAUACCCGAGGACGAAAUCUUUGAACAUUUAAAGUUGAAGACGAUGCAACAGAACAAGAACAGCAAUGAAGAAGAUGGCGCGACCAAUCACCAGUGUCCUCGCCGCUAUCGAAACAUUUUCGUCGCCGUCGAAGGUUUGGAAAAAGUCGAGGUAACCAAAUCGCAAUCGCAGGUCGAAACGAAAAGUUUCAGCAACGCUUUAGAGUGCGAGAAAGUGUGCGAGAUAAUUUCCGCGCUGUUGUCAGCGACUGAUACAAACGAUGCAAAAAACAGAAUCGCUCCUUCUGACAUCGAAGUCAUUGCGGUAUAUCGACGACAAGUUCUAGCGUUGCGUCAAGUAUUAAGACAAAUCAAUUUAGGCGCCAUUCGCGUCGGGACGAUUGACGAUUACCAAGGUCAAGAGGCUAAAGUGAUUAUAAUUUCAACCGUAGCGAGUACGGGACCGUCCGAAUUCCGUCGACGACGGAAUGGUGAAGAGGGAUUUGGCGAAGAAGAAGCGAAGCAUACGAUUUUGAGCGACCCGAAACGGUUCAACGUUGCCACCAGCCGAGCGAAAGCUUUGAAUAUCAUCGUCGGGCAUCCCAAGUUGUGGUUGUUUCCGAACUGGUCCAGGUUGAUUCGAAAGAUUUCACAAAACGGCGGGUCGUCUGUUGGUGAUAUGUCUUCGACGACGGGUAAAACGACGAUGACGACGAGUACUAAGCCACCACCGCCAUCAGACGGCAACAAUAGUGAUAAUAAUUACACGCAGUUCUUCGUCGAUGAAUACGCCUCGAUCGAAGAAGACUUGGAAAAAGAGAAGACGAAAAUGAUGAGCGUUUUUGAUGACGACGACUUACCCUGGCGCGUCCAGUUAUAG